GUCCAGCCCCGCCCCGCCCCGCCCCGCUCCUCCUGUCCCGCCCCCUCCUGGUACCCAGCAGACGCGCUGCGGUGGACCCUGGCGCCAUGGGGACAGCCUCGUCCCUUGUGAGUCCCGCGGGCGGAGAAGUGAUCGAAGACACUUACGGGGCGGGCGGCGGCGAGGCCUGCGAGAUCCCGGUAGAGGUGAAGCCCAAGGCCCGCCUGCUGCGCAACUCGUUCCGCCGGGGCGCGGGGGUGGCGGCGGCGGCCGGGCCCGGGUCGCUGCCCCGCGCGGCGGGCAGCGGCGGGCUACUGGGCGCCAGCUUCAAGUCCACCGGCUCGUCGGUGCCGGAGCUGGAGUACUCAGCGGCCGAGUACGAGCGGCUCAAGAAAGAGUACGAGAUCUUCCGGGUCAGCAAGAACCAGGAGUUGUUGUCCAUGGGCCGCCGCGAGGCCAAGCUGGACACCGAGAACAAGCGGCUGCGGGCCGAGCUGCAGGCACUCCAGAAAACUUAUCAGAAGAUACUUCGGGAAAAAGAAAGUGCUUUAGAAGCAAAAUACCAAGCAAUGGAGAGAGCAGCUACAUUUGAACAUGACAGAGAUAAAGUUAAGCGGCAAUUCAAGAUUUUUAGAGAGACCAAAGAAAAUGAAAUUCAGGACUUAUUGAGGGCCAAGCGAGAGCUGGAGAGCAAACUUCAGAGGCUACAGGCUCAGGGGAUCCAAGUAUUUGAUCCUGGGGAGUCUGAUUCAGAUGACAACUGUACAGAUAUUACUGCUGCUGGAACCCAGUGUGAAUACUGGAGUGGUGGGGCCUUGGGCAGUGAGCCCUCCAUAGGGAGCCUGAUCCAGCUUCAACAGUCCUUCAGAGGGCCGGAGUUCGCCCACAGUUCCAUAGAUGUGGAGGGACCCUUUGCAAACGUCAACAGAGAUGACUGGGAUAUCGCUGUAGCUAGUUUAUUACAGGUGACUCCCUUAUUUUCACAUUCUCUAUGGAGUAACACUGUCAGAUGUUACCUCAUUUACACAGAAGAAACCCAGCCUGAAAUGGAUCUUUUCCUGAAGGACUAUUCACCUAAACUUAAAAGAAUGUGCGAGACAAUGGGAUAUUUUUUCCAUGCUGUUUAUUUUCCAAUAGACGUUGAAAAUCAGUACCUCACUAUAAGAAAAUGGGAAAUUGAGAAGAGUUCCUUAGUUAUUUUAUUCAUUCACUCAACUUUACCAAGCCUUUUAUUGGAAGACUGUGAAGAAGCCUUUCUGAAAAACCCUGAAGGAAAACCACGGUUAAUUUAUCACCGUCUGGAGGAUGGGAAAAUCAGUUCCGACUCUGUCCAGCGAUUGAUCGACCAAGUUUCUAACCUCAACAAGGCCAACAAAGCCAAGUUCAUUGAUCACUCAGGAGAUCCUGCAGAGGGAGUAUAUAAAACUUAUAUUUGUGUGGAAAAGAUCAUUAAACAGGAUAUACUGGGCUUUGAGAACACAGACCUGGAGACUAAGGAUUUGGGAAGUGAUGAUUCCCUUCCAGAAGAAGAUGAUUUUGGGGAUGUUCUGUGGGACAUACAUGAUGAACAAGAGCAAAUGGAAACCUUUCAGCAGGCUUCUAAUUCAGCCCAUGAGUUAGGAUUUGAAAAAUAUUAUCAACGCCUCAAUGAUCUGGUGGCAGCACCAGCCCCGAUUCCACCCCUUCUGGUGUCUGGAGGACCAGGUUCUGGAAAGUCCCUUCUUUUAUCAAAGUGGAUUCAGUUGCAGCAGAAGAAUUCCCCGAACACACUGAUCCUUUCUCAUUUUGUGGGGAGGCCCAUGUCCACCAGUUCAGAGUCCUCCUUGAUCAUUAAACGCCUGACGCUAAAGUUGAUGCAGCACUCUUGGUCUGUGUCAGCACUAACUUUGGAUCCCGCUAAGCUCCUGGAAGAAUUUCCACGUUGGCUAGAGAAACUCUCCGCUCGUCAUCAGGGCAGCAUCAUCAUCGUUAUUGAUUCCAUAGAUCAAGUUCAGCAAGUUGAGAAACACAUGAAAUGGCUGAUAGACCCGCUGCCAGUGAACGUAAGAGUCAUAGUUUCUGUGAACGUGGAAACUUGCCCUGCAGCAUGGAGGUUGUGGCCUACACUUCAUCUUGAUCCUUUAAAUCCAAAAGAUGCAAAAUCUAUUAUAAUUGCAGAAUGCCACUCUGUAGACAUUAAACUGAGCAAAGAGCAGGAGAAGAAACUAGAACGACAUUGUCGUUCUGCUACAACUUGCAAUGCCCUUUACAUCACCCUUUUUGGCAAAAUGAUGGCACGUGCUGGGAGAGCAGGUGGUGUAGAUAAGAUCCUUCAUGAGUGUCUCCGGUGCCAGGACACUGUUUCAUUGUACAGGCUGGUUCUGCGCUCCAUCAAGGAGUCCAUGACAGAUGACACGGACAAAGAGCUAAUGAGACAGAUUCUCUGCCUUGUCAAUGUUAGUCACAAUGGCGUGAGUGAAUCAGAAUUGAUGGAACUCUAUCCUGAGAUGUCCUGGGCUGUCUUGACCUCCCUUAUUCACAGUUUACACAAAAUGUGUUUGUUGACAUAUGGUUGUGGCUUGCUCAGGUUUCAACAUCUCCAAGCCUGGGAAACAGUGAGACUGGAGUACAUGGACGGUCCUGCUACCAUUUCUUCAUAUAGGCAAAAGCUAAUUAGCUUUUUCACCUCACAGCUAAGCCAGGACAGAGUGACCUGGAGGAGUGCAGAUGAGCUCCCUUGGCUUUUGCAGCAGCAGGGAAGUAAACAGAAGCUGCAUGGUUGCCUCCUCAACCUCUUCGUGUCUCAGAACCUUUACAAAAGAGGACAUUUUGCUGAGUUGCUGAGUUACUGGCAGUUUGUUGGCAAAGACAAAAGCGCAAUGGCAACAGAAUACUUUGACUCCUUAAAGCAAUAUGAGAAAAACUGCGAAGGAGAGGAGAACAUGAUUUGCCUUGCAGAUCUCUAUGAAACCCUGGGGCGAUUUCUCAAGGAUCUUGGCCUUCUCAGUCAGGCUGUGGUGCCUUUGCAGAGGUCUCUGGAAAUUCGAGAGACAGCUUUAGACCCGGAUCACCCAAGAGUAGCCCAGUCCCUCCACCAACUGGCAAGUGUGUACGUGCAAUGGAAGAAGUUCGGCAAUGCAGAGCAACUGUAUAAACAGGCUUUGGAAAUCUCAGAAAAUGCUUAUGGUGCAGAUCAUCCUCACACUGCUCGUGAACUGGAGGCACUUGCAACUUUGUACCAGAAGCAAAACAAAUAUGAACAAGCUGAACAUUUUAGGAAAAAAUCCUUUAAGAUUCGUCAGAAAGCUACAAGGAGGAAAGGCAACUUGUAUGGAUUUGCCCUUCUACGCAGACGGGCCCUACAGUUAGAAGAGCUUACCUUAGGUAAGGACACACCUGAUAAUGCCCGGACCCUCAAUGAACUGGGUGUUCUCUACUAUCUUCAAAAUAACCUGGAAACCGCUGACCAGUUUCUGAAGCGUUCCUUAGAAAUGAGGGAACGAGUUCUAGGACCAGAUCACCCAGACUGUGCCCAGUCUCUGAAUAAUCUGGCAGCUCUGUGCAAUGAAAAGAAACAGUAUGAAAAAGCAGAAGAGCUUUAUGAAAGAGCUUUAGAUAUUCGGAAACGAGCCUUGGCUCCCGAUCACCCUUCUUUGGCGUAUACAGUGAAGCACCUUGCAAUCUUGUAUAAGAAAACAGGGAAACUUGACAAAGCCGUACCUUUGUAUGAGUUGGCUGUUGAAAUUCGGCAGAAAUCCUUUGGCCCAAAGCACCCUAGCGUAGCAACGGCCUUGGUGAACUUAGCAGUUCUUUAUUGCCAAAUGAAAAAACACAUUGAAGCUUUGCCAUUAUAUGAAAGAGCAUUAAAGAUUUAUGAAGAUAGCCUGGGUCGGAUGCAUCCUCGAGUUGGAGAAACAUUAAAAAACUUAGCUGUGCUUAGCUACGAAGAAGGAGAUUUUGAAAAAGCUGCUGAACUGUACAAAAGGGCCAUGGAGAUAAAAGAAGCAGAAACAUCACUUUUGGGGGGAAAAGCUCCUUCAAGACAUUCAUCAAGUGGAGACACGUUCAGCUUAAAAACCACUCAUUCUCCUAAUGUUUUCCUUCCUCAAGGACAAAGGUGACAGCAGCAAUUAUAUUUACAUACCUUAGGAUAAAAUAAUUAUCAUUUGGAACAUAAGAAUUUAAAACUUUUUAAAAAUGUUGGUAAGAAAAUUUAUUUUUACUACUCUUAUGAUUUAACUGGUAUUUGUCUGGAAUUGGACUAUAUUUGAGUUGUGAUUUUGUCUGUUUAAGUUGAUUAAAAUAAUUACUUUUCCUAAUGUAUGGGAUCCAUUCUAAGACUAUGUGAGGACUGGAUUGUGAGUAGAUGCGUCUCUGUUCACCGAGAGCUGGUGGGGGAGUCAAGAACUCCAAGAUUCUUUUCAUCUCUCAAGAGCCACCUGAGCCUUUCCAGCCAUUCCUUGUUUUUCAGUAGUGGUCUGGCCUAAUCCUCUACCUCAAAGAAAACGAAUAAAGGGAUCAUGUUUAUGAAAUGUUUGAAUUGCCUUCAAAUUAAUUAUAGGAAUUCUUGAUUGCUGUGUUUUUCUUUUUUAUUCUGCUUUUUCCCUUGACAGGCCAAUCACCCUGCUUUCUGUGUUCUCCACUUUAUGCAUUUUUCAUGACUGUGUUGUAUACAUCUGUAGUGUCUGGAGUCCUCUGUGCAAUAAUAACAGGCUAACUCUUUAGUAUUCUUUGAUCUUGCCCCAAAGUGGACCUAGCAUUCUGUCAUCUUUCUUGAACAGCUGAACCUGUCGCAUUUACCUCAUACUCAAAUUCAUUUUUAUACUAAAAAUUAAAUAUUUUUAUAGAUUUUGUAUAUAUUGCCACAUUUGGAUGUUAUUUAUACCACUUAUGUAUUUAUACUCAGUAAAAUCUUCCAUCAAUUUGUGAGAUUCUAAUAUGUAUUAGUUGUAAAGGAAAAAUGUAAAAACCAUACUUCACUGUUUAAAAUAAAAGUGCAAUUUACUUUCCAACUCUAGUUUAUAUAAGAGGGCUACAUUUUGUAUACUUAAGAUUAAUACAUUGAAAAUUUGCUAAUAAAAAGACUUGAAUGUUUAGUAGUUUGGUCAACUUGAAGCACUUCAGUGAUUCUACAAGGGUCUUGGUUAAUGUUCUCUAAGGCCUUGCUGCUUAUGCUGGGAUCCUAUUAAGUAUUCAGACUCUGCUGCCUUCUAAGUCAUAAUCUGCAUUUCAGCUUGAUCCCCAGGUAAUUUACAUGCAUUUAAGUGUGAGAAGCAUUGGUAAAACUCUGAGGCCUUAGAGUGGUCAUUUGAAUAAAUUAGGCAGGAUCUUAGUAAGCAUCCUUAUUUCCCUUUUUGGAAGAGGUACAGAGGGAAAAGAAAAUAAAAUAUGACUGUAACAUAUCAUUCACCUUGCUGUGAAAGGUACAAA